AUGAACUUCGUUCGACUAGCGUUGAUUUUUCCUCUGUUUCACAUAAUAAAUGGCAAUGGAACGAGUUCAAAAUCCCUGUGGGAUGAUGACGAGGAGGAUCAGAAACCCAUACUCCGCAUCCAUCACAUCAAUAUCUUCGGAGACUCUCGCUAUAUGAAGGCUUUGGCCCACAUCGACGACAAUCGCACCCAGUUCAGUCUCACGGUUUGCCUUCGCCAGGAGAUGGGCAGCAAUUUCCUGACCUUCAACGUAAAGGUUCGAGUUAGACCAUCGGGCAGGAUGAUAUUCGUAAACCUACUCCAGAUGCGAGACCUGGAUCUGUGUGGUUUCUUUUUCGAACUCUCCGGAAAUCCUAUGAUGAAGUAUUUCCUGCAGUCGGAUAUACAACUAAGUGACGUCAUUGCAUGUCCUAUACGCGUUGGAAAUUAUUCGUUAAGCAACUUAAGAGUCAAGGACAUUUAUCCCCAGGUCCUGCAGAAUGGUACCUACAAGUUCUUCGUGGAGGUGAUUGAGGCAACGGCCGAGAAAGUCUUUGCCCUGCAAGUGACCACCGAGAUCCGAGUUCCAAAUGCACCCGAAUAA